AUGUCUUUUAUAACAAAGAGGGAGCGAGUCUUCAAUGAUUACGAUCUGUUUGACCUACCAGCUAGGAAUGAAGGGAAAUUGAAGGCUUACGCAUCAUGUACGGACGCGAGGGCAUGGUCUCACUUUUGCUCCGACAAAAGCGAGCAUUUAGUGGAGAUAAUAAAAAGAAACAAUGACACAUGUCGCCCUAAGUAUGUGCCCACUGAUGUGAUAGUGGAUACGCUGAUGGUAGCUAAGAAUGCGGAGAUCGGACGGCUGAAGCGGAAAAUCGAGGAGUUUGAACAAAUGUUGGAGGCCUACGACCAACUCGACCUCACUUGUGAGCAGAAAUGUGAAAUAGCGAACGCUCACGCCGCUAUCAAAGCUGCCAAUAAGGAACUAGACGACAUGUUCUUGGAUUUGGACUUAUCCGGAUUUACUGAGGGCAUGGAUUCUGAUGCUUUUGAGACCGGCAAAUCUAGGGGUGACGAGGUUUGUGAAUAUUGUAAAGCCUUUUUUGUUGGUCCAAUAAUGCCUGCAAAAGUUAAGGAAGAUGAGUGGGUGGUGGCGAAACCCCCGCCGCCGGUGGCGGAACAUAAAAGCAACCAAGUAGGUUCUUCGUGCCCAUGUGAUGCUAGCACCAAUGCCACGGAUCCUAGAAUAAAAGAAAUGAAAGAAGCCCUCAUUAAUAAAGACGCCAAAAUGGGCGCUAUGCAGAACACAAUUGCGGUUAUGGAAAACGAUGUGUGUGAGCCUUAUUGUAUUUAUGCUCACAUCUAUACGGCAUUGGAAAAGAUCUUUGGAAUUUUGUGCCAAAAUGAUAAAUACAAGUUGUAUUUAAAUCUCAUGACGGCUGGUAAAGAUACAAGAUGCAUUGAUAUUAAAGGGAAAAUAUUAUACAAGCUCAAAGUGUUUGAAAAGUUCUGCCAAGCCUUAAUUGCGCCGUGUUCUCAAACACAAGAGCAAAGUUCCGAUUCCCAACAAGAUUGCUCCUGCUAUCGUGCAGAAGUUCUUCAACAGUUAGUUCCAACUGCGUACGCUUUGACAACCUCCGAAAUCCAAAAUCCUAGUCUUGAUCACAAAAGAGCUCAUUUAGUUGCAGACAUCAUGGAAAAUGAGGAAAUGAAGGAAAUUCUUAGAAAAGAUAGUUCUUCAAAUAUAAAUCAUGACGAUGAAAGAGAAGAAUUUAUUGAAGAUUAUGAUAUAGAUGCAGAAAAUUUAAAACGGCUUAAGAAUUUGCAAGAAGAUUACGACGAUUUGAUGACAUGUUACGAAGCUUUAAAACAUGAAAAAGAAAACUUGUUACUUAAGUGUCAAAAGUACGAAGAAUUAGACAAAGAAUAUGAUACGCUACGAAAUCAAUUACGGGAGUACAAUCUAUUGUGGAAUGAGAAAGAACACUACCGUAAGCGGUCCGCCGAUCUUGACUCACUUAAAGAACAGUAUCUAAUAUUAGCUGAUGAAACUACUAAUAUGGAAACUCAACUCAAGGCAGAGUCAGAAAUAAUUAAAAUUAAAUCUAAUGCAAUUGAAGAAUUAAGAAACGAAAAUGUUACCCUCGAAAAAAAAUUAAACGACGCUUUAAUUGGUUUCGAAAAAGAGAAGAGCAUAUUACAGUGUAAAUUGAAGGAAACAGAAUGCAAGUGUAUGUGCCAGGAGCAACAAAUUAAAAGUUUAUCUGUACAAAUCGACAGGUUAUUGGAACAAGAAACAGACAAGGUCAAAAAUUAUACUAUUAACGCAUGCAUAAUAAAUCUAAUAUUAAUAGAUGAAGUAGAAUCGCUUAAAGAACAAAUAAAAAAUUUGAAGGAUGCAUUGUUAGGCAGUGAAGAGGAAAAACAAAAUUUAAGUGAUGAAUUUCAAGAUAAUCUGAAAAUAAUACACAACCUCCGCAUGGAAAUAGAAGACUGGAAAAGUACAUACGAAAAAGCAAUGCAUCGAACUAAUUAUUUAGAAGAUUAUGCUCAACACUUUGAAGAAAAUAUCAAUAAAUUGGCAAAUGAAAACAAACAAUUGUCACAAGAUGUAAAGGAUAAAACUGCAGCAGUCGAAAAUUUGAUAAAUGUUAUUAAUAAUAAGUCAAAAGAAAUUAACACGCUCUUAGGAGAAAUAGAAGUAAAAGAAAACGAAAACAAAGACUUGUUAAGACAACUUAAUGAGUUAAGAGAUAUUUAUGAAUGUAACAUAUCUGCUGCAGAAAACGAGAAAAAAGAGGUUUUAGAAUCAUUGUCAUUAGCAAAGAGAGAGAGUGAAGAAUUGAUGAAUAAAUUGAAAGAUUACGAAGAACUCGUUCAAAGUCAAAAUGAUAUGACAAAUAGCUUCGAAGCGAAGAUAGUAAACUACAAUCAACUAAAACAAGCGCUUUUAGAUACAAUCGAAGAAAAUAAAAACCUUGAAAUGAGCAAGGCAUUGCUAUUGAAUGAAAUUCAAAGGCUCAAAGAAGUACAUACAUAUGCUGUUAACGAUAUUGAUGAUUUAAAUGAAGAAAACAAUAAAUACAAAAGUUCAUUAGAGUUGCAGCGCAAAAAAAGUGAAAUAUUGGAAGACAAAUUAUCACAGUUCGAAAGCCUAUCACAAGAACUACAAAGCCUACAGGAAACUCAUGAAAAUAUAAUAUCAGAUAAACGGAAAUUAGAGAAAGACCUUCUUGAAACUAAAUAUGAAUUAGAAAACGAAAAACGCUCUGCAGAGGUUUCUAAGAAAGAAAUUGAAGAAUUAAAACUGAAAUCUGAAAAUUUAGCUAAUGAAUUACAUAGACUUGGUGAAUCGUACCAAACAUUAGUGAAAGAAAAAUAUGAUUUGUAUGGAGAUUUGACAGAAAAAAAUAAAAAAUUACUUGAAUUACAACAAUCUCUAGAUAAUUUAAAAGAAAAGAAUAAUUGUUUACAAGAUCGUUCUAGUCAAAUAAAUAAAUUAGAGAAAACUAUUGAUGAUUUAAAAAAUACGUGUGCUAAAUUAGACUCCGAAAAGCAAUUACUUCAAAAAGAUUUGUACCAAACCCUACAAGUCAAAACUGAAGAAAAUACGCGUUUAUUGAAUGAAAUUACAUACUUACGAGGUAAACAUGAGGCUGUUAAAAGUAAUUUGGAUGAUCUACAUAACGAAAAUUUAAGUACUAAACAAUCUUUAACAAUCAUGAGAAAAGAAAGUGAUGAAUUAUUAAACAAAUUGAAAUAUUACGAGAAUUUAGAAAACGACUUUAUAAAAAUGCGUCAAGAUCAUUACAAAGUUCAAAUGGAAAAGCAACAGUUGCAGGACGAAUUAGAUUGCCAACUGAAAAAUUUAAAGCAAAUUAAACAAGAAAACAAUGCAUUGCAAAAGGAAAGCUUCACAUUAAUGCGACACAGUGAAGAUAUGGAAAAUGCUCUUGUUGAUGCUAGAUCACAGCUUGUCCAAAAGUCUGACCGUCAAGAUCCUUAUCUUGCAAUAAAGAAAGAAAUAGAGGUGAUGAAAGAAGAAAAAACAAAAAAUCUUCAACGUAUCAGAGAUUUGUCAAAUGAAUUGGAUGUUAUGGAAAAUAUAAUAUCAAACCUUACCCAAGAUGUGUCCGCUAGAGAUGACAAGAUAGCAAUCUUGGAAAAUCAUAUCAAUAAACUUAAAGAUGAGAUCACACGCUUGCAUGGUUGUUUGUCAGUAGUUAUUGAAACAGGAGAACAAAUAAAAAGUACCAGUUACGAAAAAAUUGACCAAUCAAUGCAAAACAUGGAAGCUCAUCACUCAAAAGCAACACAUAAUAUGAAAAUGGAAAUAGCUAAUUUACAUAAAGAAAAAGUAAAACUUGAGGCUCAAAUGUCUUUUACAAAACUAAAAACUGAAGAAUCUCUGAAGGAGAAAAAUAAUCAAAAAUUAUUAUUAGCGCAAUUACAAAAUGAAAGAGAGAUUAUUAUAACGGAUAUUAAACAACUGGAACUUCAAAGUGUUGGAGAUAGUUCCUUGUCUCCUACUAAUUGUGAAGUUGAAAAUAUUUUGAAAUCUUUAGAUAGAAUACGAAAAAUUUUAGACAAGAAAACAUCUAAGAAUAAUUCUCUUGAACAGGCUUUGUUAAAAGUGCAAAGGUCAUCUCAGGUUCUAGUAAAUGAAGCCAUAGAUUUAGUAGAAAAAGAAAAACAGAAGAUACUUAAUGAAAAAGAAGAAGCCAUACGGGAUAAACAACAUUUGCAGAAUGAGUUGCUAAAUCAAGAACUAAUUAUAGGUAAACUUAAAAAUUCAACUGAUAGUUACAUUUCAAAAUUAGAAGAAGAAAUGCAUUCUCUUCAAUCUUUGUACCAAAACUCAAUGGCGAUGGUUAGUGAACUACAAGAAAAAAAUAAAAGUUUGUCCGAUCAAUCCAAAAACAAUUCAGAUAUUAUUGAAAAAUUACAACAGGAAUUAAAACAAAAAUCGAAUGAAAUAUUAGUAUUACAAAUGGCAUUGGCACAAUUGAAAAAUAAAAAUACCCUUAACGCUGAUACACAAACUGAUUUAGUCGGAAUAAAAUCGACUUCGUCCGUUCAAACUGAAAGGAAAACUAUUAAAGAUAGCGCAUUAUGUUGUGGGGUUUUAAGUACAAAUGAUACGGAAACUGAACCACACAAAACUACUGAAGAAAAUAACAUUCUUUCAAUAUUACCUAAACAAAGACCACAUUCAAUAAAUGAAGUACAAAUUCUUACCGCGAAUAUAGAGCCUACAUUUGAUUUCGUCAAAAGUAGUUAUCUUAGCUAUAAACUGAAACAACUAAGUUUCGGGCGCUUAGAACAACAAUCUAUAUCGAAUUAUGAAGUAUCUAUUCAAGAAACUCAACUUUCUGAAUCUGUGAGCAAUUCUAAUGACAAAGUUGAAAGGGAAGACAAUGCCAUUAUUGAUCUUUAUAAUAGGCAGUGCUUGCUCACAGAUUCUUCACAAAUUGAAUAUAGAGAACCAGAAACAUCUAAUAGCAAAACAAACUAUAAAAAUACUACAAUCACCAGUUUGUUUAGUGGAUCGAACCAAACUAAUAAACAUAAAAAUGAUCAUAAGCAUAUGAAGAUUUCAUCAAUUCCUAAAUCAGAAAAUACAAUUGAUAGGGAUCUCUUCGUCAUUUACAAAGAAAGUGAAACUGAUGUGGAUAGUAAAUCGCAUAACGACAAAGACUCAUGGAAUUCUGAUAAAAAAAUAAGUGAAUCAAUGGUUAAUAAUAGACCGCAACCAUUAAGAAAAGAAUUUUUAAAGAAAAAGCUUAAAGGUAAACAUAACGUGCAACAUGAUAAACACAAUACUCAAGAUAUCAUUGACAAUUAUAGUGAAGUAAGGUGCGACGAAGAAGAUGAUGAUAGCGUAAAACCUAAAUUAAAUAUAAAAUUACCUCGCGUAGUGACAGACAGCCAAUCAAUACCAACAACAUCAGAAGGUGAUAGAAAAUCUUUAGAUUCAUACACAAUGGCAAUCUAUUUAUCGCCCAAGGAGACCCGUUCCGAUAAUAAAAUUAAAUCCUGUACUAAUGUGGAAAAAACGGUUUCUCAAGAAACUCCUAGUUUGCCUACUUUAUCAAACGAUGUGAAUAACUUUUCACAUUCAAAUAACUCAUUUAGCGUUCCAGUUUAUGAAAACAAAAAGAAAUCAAAAACGAAUCACAACGAUACACAUCUAAGAUCAAAUGAAAGUGAAAAGACAACCCCAUUAGAAACAAAAUCAGUUCAUAAACUUUCUCGUGUUGAUGCUGACGUAUAUUUGAUAAAAUCAAAGGAAGAAAUUCAAAGAAGUCCUAGAAAAUUGGACAAGGAUUAUGGGCUUCAAUAUAUUUUAGAUGCCAUUAAGAAAGAAAAUGAGAGUGAACUAGCUGAAUCGGCAUCAUAUUAUACUAACAAGAAGAUGCGAAAAAGUCACAGCGAGGAAAGAUUACAUCCUGUGAAAAGAUUAGAGACUAAUUCUCAAACUAAAACAAUUACUAGCAGUUAUAGUCCUAGUAAAAUAAAUGAUAAUACACAAUCAAAGUCAGUUGCGGAUCGUAGCGUACUGGUCAAAAUUGAUAAUGCAGGAGACUAUGAAACAAAAAUAGAAUAUUUAACAAAAACUUUAGAAAACGUUGAGAAAGAUUACAAAAAGAAAAUUGAAGCCAUCAAAAAUCAAUAUGAUAGUAAUAUAAAAAGCAUAAUAAAUGAACAUAAUACUGGAGUAAAAAGUAUUCAAAACUUACAUGAAGAAACCUUACAAGACAUUAUUAAGAUUCAUGAAAACGAAGUAGAAAACUUAAGAACACUAAGUAUAGAAGCUAUGCGUAAAUCUGAAAAAUUGGAGAGAGAAAAUCGAACACUUAAAAGUAAAAUCCCCGAUUUAUCGUCCACAUUUGACGUGGAACCAACAAAAAUAUGCUGCAACGAUGGUAAAAGGCGAAGAAAGUCUAGGACAGAAACGCUUACAAAAACAGAUGUGGAAGCUUUCAAUGUUAAGCCAAAAAUCAAAUCUCACGGCCCUUGCACUUGUUCUCUUGACAUCAAUUUAUCAGAUACGAUCCGGAAUAUAUUUGAACAAGUCGAUAUAGAUCAAAGAAAAAUGGCCGAACAUACAUACCUGAAAUAUAUUGCAAAUAAAAUACUAAGCAAUACCGUUGAGGCACUAGAUUCACAAGAACUAUCAUUUUUACACCUGAAGGUGUGCCGGACUUGGAAGUUGAAGUUGAACAAAGAGGAAGCACUGCAGAAGAAGAUCGACACAUUGGAGCACGAGUUGAUGAAUAAACAGCGCAAUGCGCAGCAACACAUAGCAGAACUGGACCGCAAAGUGGCAGAAGAGCGCCGCCGCUUACAAGAGGUGCGCGAAGCGGUAUGUCGCACGCCGCCUGACUCCCGCAGCCCUAGCCCUGAGACUUCCAAGGUUUUGAUUGCUCCUGCCCCACCCGCCCCACCACCCACCAUGGCUGAAAAGGAUCUACUAUGCGGUUGCAAUACUGGAACCGGUGAUUUGAAAGUGAACGAGAGGCGUUCAGCGGGCGAUUUGGUUGUCAAUUUUCCUACCAGACCCAAGAGGGCCAAGGAGAGCAAUAGGGCUGUACUGGCCCGCAUGGAUGCUGAAGAGCGUCGCGAAAGGAGGCUCUACCACGACGAGCCCCCCACAAGGCUCCGACGGGGUCACGCUUCCGAGCGGAGGCCCCACAAGAAAUGA